ACUAGACAAUGUUGUUUAAGGUUAUGUUCUUUUUAGUAUCACCUUGGCAUCGUUUCUAACAUUUUGUAUCAUAAAGCUUCAUUAAACAUUAAAAGAAUCUUAUUAAAACGAUGGCCGAUGACGAAUAUGACGCGGACGACGUUCAAGAUGAAUUCGACGACGAUGUAGACGACGAAAACAUCGAUGAUUUAGAACAACAUGAGGAAGAAGGUGAUAACAUUGAUAUUCUUCAGCCGGGACAGGCCGGAGGAGGUGUUCCGAAACACAAAAGAAUAACGACCAAGUAUAUGACGAAAUAUGAAAGGGCGAGGGUUUUAGGGACGCGCGCGUUGCAAAUUGCAAUGUGCGCCCCGGUUAUGGUUGAGCUGGAGGGUGAAACGGAUCCGUUACAAAUCGCUAUGAAAGAGUUAAAACAAAGGAAAAUUCCGAUUAUUAUUAGGAGAUAUUUGCCAGAUCAUUCGUAUGAAGAUUGGGCGAUUGAUGAAUUAAUUAUUAUCGAUCAUUAACUUUUAAGAUUUAUUGGUUGUAGUUUAUGAUUUUUUAAAAUAAAUUUAUA